AUGGAUUCAACCAACAGCGGACUCGUCAUCGAGCGGGCUGAAGGUGUCGACCAAAUAUUCGACUCAGUCUUACAGGACAUGAUUCCUAGUGUGAUUGCAGCCUUUUCUGCCACCCUAUUCCUUGUCACAAUAACCGGACCGAUUAUAUUACUUGAUCUGGCUAUUUGCUCGACCUUGGUUGGUAUCGUCCUUCGCCGAUCUACUCACCAAGUCUUGGAGUCUCGUAGGUCGCUUCUGGCAGCCGACAGCCACCAGAAGCAGCAACGGCAGGACACGAUUCGUGGCUGGAGAACUGCUGCAAGCUAUAAUCAGCUACAGUACCAAAUUGAAGAAAACAACAAAAGAGUGGCGACAGUUUUCUCCUUGCAAUGGAAAUUUUUAUCAAUCGUAACCAAAGCUUACUCACUCAUGGAUCUAGUGCUCUUUAUAGGCUGUAUGGCGGGAAUGCUUGUCGUCAUCAAACUUGUUCUUGACGGAAGAGCUACCCCUGGGGACUUUUUCAGGUACCCGAUGUACUGGAGCAUACUCUCCCAGCCACUCGAACGUCUGAGGAUAUCUACAAGAGACAUUGUGAAGAAAUUACAAGAAGCUGAUGAGGUGAGAAAGCUUCUGGAACGGACGACGAAGGACGGCCCAAAACUUCCAAAGCUAGAGUUCCAGGGAGGCGAGCUGGAAUUCAGAAACGUCACGUUUCGCAGGGGUCAACAAACCAUUCUUGAGGAUUUCAGUCACCGUAUUCCUGCAGGGACGAAGACAGCCUUGGUUGGCCCCUCAGGCGUUGGCAAAUCGACGUUACUCGCUCUAGUGACGGGCCAAGAAAAGCCUGACAGCGGAGAGAUAUUGAUCGACAACCAAAACAUCGAAGAGGUUGACAUUGACUCUUUACGGGGAUAUGUAGGAAUCAUAGAGCAGGAUCCUUUCAUCUUCAACUGCUCAGUGAAAGACAAUCUCAAGUAUGCCAAGCGCGACGCCACGGAUGAACAGAUGAAAGUAGCCUUGCAAAAAGCUUCUCUGGACGAUGUUGUGUCUCAGCGACCAAAGAAGUACGACACACCCGCCGGAGCCAAUGGGCGAAACUUCUCUGGGGGCGAGAAGCAAAGACUAAAUUUCGGUCGCCUGUUUCUCAACCCGCGUUCGAUCGUACUGAUUGAUGAAGGAACCAGUGCACUAGACGCCGAAACCGAAUGGUUAUUGAAGUCAAACCUCAGCGAGGCAUUAAGUGGCACGACAUGCAUUUUCGUAGCGUUUGUCCUCCUUUACUGCCCCUCGCGCCGAUUGCAAUCUGAUAAUGUGUAUUAG